AAAUAAAAGGAAAAUAAAAAAACGAAGAAGAAACUCCUGCAGCCCUUUUUUCUUCUACCCCUGGUACGACAAAGGAUUCGCAUCACAGAAGACUGAGGGAAGCGUUUUGCGAAGGGAGAGAAGACGAAGAAACACUAGUUUUGCACAGAGGGAAAGCUCGAUAACGCUAACGGUAGAGUGAAUUUGUGAAGGGCGAAAAGGUAUUGGAGGAGGGAGGGGAAGGAAGGAGGUGCCGCCUCUGUGUCGGAGCUGUGAAACAGCUAGGGUUUUUGUUUGGAGCUAUUGAUUAAGGAAUGAAAUUCAACUGAUUUGGAAAUUUCAGUUGGGAAGUUUUUGAUCGUUACUGUAUAAUUGCUGCCCUCACAGACACAGCAGUGAAAUUUCUGGUUUCUUUGAAAUAUUGUCGUGAAACCUCAGCCUAAUUGUAGAUGGAAGGCAUAUUCUCAGCAUGUCUCAGUGACUUAUUAUAUGCUUGGAUGUGUCGUGUCUAAAGCACUAUGACGCUGGAAGAUUUCUUUACCCUGACUGAGAUGAAGGAUGGGCUUACUGCCCCUUCUCGAGUUGAGGAGCUUCUAACUGUGAUGAAGAGGGAGAAGGAUUCUGUUGUGAAGAAUGUAAGUGAUGCAACCAGGCAGUGGACUGCUGUUACAAGUACAAUUGCUGCUACUGACAAUAAAGAUUGUCUUGAUCUUUUUAUUCAGUUAGAUGGACUCUAUUUUAUUGAUCAAUGGCUCAGGGAUGCUUUAGAGUUUAGUAAGGACACAAGCGACAGUUUUGUAGAAGAAUCAAUUACUGCAUUGCUACGAGCACUUGAAAGGCUGCAUAUAGACAAUGAGAGGUCCAUUUCUUCAGGUAUCUGGAUGACAGUGAAGAAUCUUCUUGGCCACAGUAGCUCUCGGGUUCAGGACAAAGCAAGAGGGCUUCUUGGUAGCUGGAAUCAAGAUGCAGUUACUGAUGCUGUUGACAUUGGUGUGGAGCAUGUUGGAGCCGUUCUUGAUAAUGAAAUUACAGACAAUGCGACAAGUACUGGGGAAAAUAGCAUGCCAGAAUGUUCAGCAGUGGAUGUGUCUCUAUCCAAGGGAAGUUGUAAUCAGGAAACUGAUGAAGCAGUUGCUGCCAAAGCUGGAAACCUUCCAUCAGGAAGCCAAGAUGGUCUUCAGCCGGAAAUGUCUAUAAAUUCACAAAUUGAAACUUCUAAAAGUGAGCUCCCAUACCACUUAAGUUCUGACCAUACAAGCAAAGAGGAUGGAUCUCCUAAUCAUCUGCCCUCAUUGAUGUCAAAACCUGUUCAAGAAAAUUCUUCUACAGAGGAAAAUCUCCCAACAGGAGCAGAAGGAACUGCAUCUUUUGAGACUUGCAAUUAUGUAGUUUCAAAGCAUGAAAGUGAUGAAGUUUCAGGUCUUCAGCAGAAAUUGGGUGUGGCAGCUUCUACCUCUUAUUCAGUGGAGCAUGUAGUUUCUUCUGGAGCUGGUGUUGCCAUUGCUGAGGAGGUUACAACAGAAGCCAAGUUGCAAAAUAGUGCUGAUGCCAACAAGAAUGACUGUCUGGAAGCUCCUGCUUCUGAUGUGAGGAUAGCUCCAUCUGAGCUAAAGACUGAGAUGGAUGACUCGGAGGUUGAUUGCAGUACAUCUCUCUUAAAGAUGAUAGGUCAAGACAUGGAGAAUAACACUGACAGGUUGCAAGGGUCUUGUGGAAAUAACUUAUAUGGAAAACAUGAAGAUCUAGACACUUCUGUUUCCAGGAUAGAAGAAAUUGGAGCUGCUGAUGAAGACAAGGGACAUUCUAGUGAUGGAAGUGAAAUAUUGAGGAGUACAAAAUCUUCUAAACGGUCAAUGGGUUCUAGGAGUCCUGAUGUGAAUAAAAAAAGAACUAGGAGUCCUGAUGUGAAUAAAAAAAGAACUAGGAGUUCUGAUGUGAAUAAAAAAAGAACAUCUGACAUUGGACUUGAGUAUGGGUUGGUUGACCCCUUAGAAGUUGCUCGAAAAGUUGCUUUAGAAGUGGAGAGAGAAGUGGUAGGUUGCCAAGAGCCUUCAUGCAGUUCUUCAGAAAAAAUCUCAGAAGGUGGAAUAAGGAAGCCGGGCUCCCCAGACUCUAUAAAUGGAAAACAAGAGUCAGCCCCCGAGGUUCAGCUGAAGGAGGUUUCAACAGGAUCCGAUCAUUCUGCUGAGACACAUUCUAGGGAGGAGUGCUCAAUUAGUUCAGAUAAUCUGGGCACCAAACCAGAAAAUGCCACGCAUGAUGUGGAGUCAUCGCAAGUGACUCUUGCUCAAGAACCAGAACCUAAUUCUGAGAAAAGCAUAUGUGAUUUUGAUCUGAAUCAAGAAGUCUGUUCUGACGAUAUGGAGCAUCCAGUGACUUCCAUCUCUGCUGCCACAUCUGUUGUGUCUACUUCCAAGGUGGCAGUGGAUCCUGGGUUACCUGCAGGUCCUUUGCAGUUUGAGGGGGCUCUUGGGUGGAAAGGAUCUGCUUCUACUAGUGCCUUUCAUCCAGCAUCGCCUCACAGAAACUCUGAUGGUGAUAAAAUGCUGUGUGUUGGGGGUACAAGUAGUAGUAGCUCAAAACAUAGAUCAGAUUUUCUUGAUUUCGAUCUUAAUGUUUCUGAGGAUGGAGAUGAUAAAGCUGCUGAUCUGAUGUUGGGGAAACAAAUUACAGCCUCAUCUGGCCUCCUCUCUGCAGAAUCUUCACAGGAACCGAGUCCUAGAAGAUCAGAAAGGUUUGCCUUGGAUUUAAAUCGCACCAGUGAAGAUGGUGAUGCUCCACCAUCAGAUUCAAGAGUUGACAGGCAGUUCUUUCACAACAGAAUUGGCCAUCGCAGUCCAUCUCCUGCUUCUUCUUCAUCAUCGAUGCAGCUCUCACUGAGGAACAUUGAUUUGAAUGACAGACCAGUUAUUCAGAUUGAUUUGUCUGAUACUUAUCAUGGUAGUUCUACCCAAAAUCUACAUACAUAUCGAGGGCCUAAACCAGAUUAUCCCGUUAUAUCUAUCAUGGGUACCAAAGUGGAAGUGAAUAAGGACUUUAGUUCUCAUGUUCCAUCCUUGUCCAAUGGCAAGGCUCUUGAUGCUGCAGUGGAUACAAAUGUUACAAGAACGGGAAGCAUUCUUGGGUUGGGUCCUACUGUGUCAUUCACCCAUUCUCCUGUUUUUGGCUAUAAUGGAUUGACAACACCACCAACAAUGCCCUUUUCUUCUGCCAUGUACGGAGCUGGUGGCUCAAUCCCUUACAUGGUCAAUUCAAGAGGAGCCCCUGUUGUGCCUCAAAUUGUGAACUCUGCUGUUCAUUCGUACUCUCAACCACCAUUUGUCAUGAACAUAAAUGGAGCAUCCCUGAGUUUAAACGGUGCUGUUUCCUCACAGCCUAAUAUUGAUCUGAAUUCUGGUUUUGCAAUUGAGGGAGGACAUAGAGAUCCUAUGGGUCUAAGGCAACCUUUCUUACCUGUUCAAAGCAGCAGGUCAAUUGAAGAUCAUCCGAGGGUCAAUCCUCAGACCCCAAGUUCUGGGGUUGGUGAGAAAAGGAAGGAACCAGACAGUGGAUGGGAAUCUUACCCAUUUAACUCCAGACAGCAAUUUCCACGGAACUAGAAAGGUUAUUUAUCUCUUUGCUCCUUCCUUACUUGGGAUCAGUUCAGAAAACCAAUCAAGCUAUAAACUGAUGCUUGCAUUGCCGAAGAUAUCUUGAGAAGCAAGAGCCAAUUGGCUUUCUUGUGAGUGGAGUAUGAACCAAAUAAAACUCAGGGAAGCAUAAAUUGUAAUAUGAUUCUUCAGGAAAUUGGAUCGCAUAGGUGGCAAAAAUUAGGUUUAAUUGUUUUAGUUUUGUACUAUUUUCUUGGGUUUUUUUUUUUUUUUUUUUCCCCAUGUUUCAUAGAAGGCAAUUUCAGCCAUAGAAGUCUCGGUACAUGUAGCUUUAACUUAUGUUCCUUAUAUGUGAAAGAAAUUUAAAAAUUUUCU